CAACCUUCCCUCAGCUCUCGCGAGGUUUUGUCUUCCCGGAAGCGGUGGAGGAAGUUCUCGGUCAACCGCGUCGCGAUGUGUGGGGACUGUGUGGAGAAGGAGUAUCCCAACCGGGUGCUGGUCACCGGCGCGAUCUGUGGCUGUCCGUGCCCACGAGUCCCGUCCUGGCAGCUGGCAUCGGCCCGCAUUCCCGUUCCCGGUAACACCUGCCUGGAGAAUGGAUCUUUCUUACUGAACUUUACAGGCUGUGCAGUAUGCAAUAAGCGGGAUUUUAUGCUGAUCACAAACAAAUCCUUAAAAGAGGAAGAUGGAGAAGAAAUAGUUACCUAUGAUCAUCUGUGUAAGAAUUGUCAUCAUGUAGUGGCCAGGCAUGAGUAUACAUUCAGUAUCAUGGAUGAAUUCCAGGAGUAUACCAUGCUGUGUCUGUUAUGUGGCAAAGCUGAAGAUACUAUCAGUAUUCUCCCUGAUGACCCUCGACAAAUGACUCUGUUAUUCUAAGACUCCUUCUCCACUUCUGUUGUGACUAUGUUUGGCUGGUUUACAAUACAGCAAGCCUGAUGAUUUGUCUCAAAAAA